UGACGAUGCUGUUAAAAAUUGGUCGAUCAUUGUUUAUUUUUACGAUCGUGUAAUAUUCGUGUGAAGAAUUUACAACGACGUACGUGGUGGCGCUGUGUCCGUCGUCGUCCGUUGCAGACAGUUGUAAUGGUGAACGCGAGAGAGUUUGUCCGAAAAAUACAUACCAACAACGUACAUCUUAUGCGAUAUCAUGCGUGAUAUCAAAAUACUUGAAUACUUGAUCGUCGACAAAAAAGUGCAUUGGAUCGAUUGACUGAUAAUUCGAGGAAACACCAGAAGGUGAAGAAAAACACCCAGUUUUUAAAAUUUAUCCUCAAGAGUCGAAAGCUAAAAAAAGAGAGAGAAAGAGCUGAUGAGUUAUUGUCCUGAUACUGCAUCAUCAUUAUAUAUUAUCAUCAGCAUCCUUGUCGCGUUAAUCUGAGUAGGGUAAACAAUGAUCUGAUAAUAGAAAGUUAAAGACAAGAAAAGAUGUCAAACAGCAGUACGCCACAUGCCUCCUAUUACCUCGACCAGCAGGGCAGGCUUGUUGGAGUAGAGCCUAGCGGUAAUGUGAAUCCCAACGUGAGACGUUUGCCCAGUCUUGAGGAGGCUUUCAGGAGGCUCAGUUCAAGUUUGAGCAGGCAAGGUGAUCAUGGGACGCUGGAUUCAACCUUUGGUAUGUUUGUGUGCUUUUUGUUUUCAGAUGACUUAACAGGUAACACCACAUCAGAUGUGACAGAUCAAGAUUUGUCAUCUGACAUAACCGAUGGAGCAUCAUCUCCUAAUCAGACGACAGCAAGCAUUCCACAACUGAGUUCUGAUGAAGACAAAAGGUACUGUUGGGUGUGUUUUGCAACAGACGAGGAUGACAUUACUGCGCCAUGGGUAAAACCUUGUCACUGUCGGGGCACGGCAAAAUGGGUGCACCAGCGUUGUAUUCAACGCUGGGUCGAUGAGAAACAAAAGGGACGCGCCAAUACUCACGUCGCUUGCCCGCAGUGCAAUACAGAGUAUAUCAUAGUAUAUCCCAAUAUGGGCAUGCUGGUGGUAAUCCUUGAUACGAUCGAUGGUUUAAUCUUCCGAGUUUGUCCGUUAAUCGCGGCGGGCAUUGUUGUAGGCUGUGUAUACUGGACGGCAGUUACGUACGGUGCCGUAACUGUGAUGCAAGUGAUUGGCCAUAAAGACGGUUUAUCGCUCAUGGAGCAGGCGGAUCCUCUAGUUCUUCUCGUUGGCUUGCCCACUAUCCCUAUUAUGCUUGUUCUGGGCAAGAUGCUCGAUUGGGAGGACCAGGCGCUUAACUUUUACCGGCGACAUGCUUGUAAAAUCCCGUUUCUGAAACGCUUCGUUAAAGUACAGACUACUUGUCCUGAGGAAGAAGUAGCACAAUCUCAAGAUAUUCCUCCAAUGACUGAUCCGGUCUCAGCUACAAGAGUAUUAUGUGGAGCCUUGCUUUUACCUACAAUUGCCACUAUCUGUGGAAGAAUAUUUUUUUAUAGUAUACACUCAAACUUCCAGCGAACCUUAUUGGGUGGUGUAGCUUUUAUCACUAUCAAAGGAGCUUUCAAAAUUUACCACAAGCAGCAACAAUACAUAAGACAACGUCAAAGGCGCAUAAUGGAUUACACUGACGCCAAUGUAGCGAUGUACAGUAGACAAAGGAGUUCUGAGACUCAGACUAAUUGAAGAAGUUUAUUAUACAUAAAUCUUGCGGGAUACAAUAAAAUAGUUGAGAAUAAAAAGUAUGCAGACGAUCCUGUUAAACAAUUUCUAGCAUGGUAUUAAAGAAUAUACUUUGUUCUCUUGUCAAAUUUUAGUUAGGGACGGUAAACUUAAAUUUAGGUGCAGGAAUUUUUUUUCCAAACAAAGUGAAUAUAUUUUGAUUAGAAAUUUUUUUAUUGCUUAAAAGCUUUUGAGGAAUUUCUUAGGUAGGUCUAAUUAAAAUUUUUAAAGAAUUCUCUUUACCAGAAAGUUUAAAUAUACAAGUAAAAUCUUUGAAACAACAUUUCUAUAUGAUAUAUAAAUGUCAAAAUUGUUUAAAUUCGUUUUAUCUAUUUAAAUCAAUUGUAAUUGUAUGACUUACUUUACUAAGUAACUCAUGUUUUGCUCUUUACUAUUAUUUUUAAGAAGGGGAUACUCAUUGAUGUAUAAAUAAGAAAUUGCGAAAAGCUAGGCGGUCUUGUAAAUUGUGAAAAGAAAAUAUUUCUAUGACGAAAAGGCCAAUUUUAUUAGGAUUCAACGUUGUCCUGGAUUGCACAAUGUUUACAAUUUUUUCAUGUAUAAAGCGAGUAUAUUUUUCUUAGUUGCCAAAACAGUUUUUAAAAAAUGUUCAAAG